AUGGUUGAGAGGGCCAAGGUAUUGGAGAAAAAUAUGGCUGAGGCAGAACAACAGAAGAAGCAACAAGCAACCAGAGGACCAAUUCUAUCAAGGACGAACCUGAAUCGGAAUAGGACAUCGUACGCUCGUCCAGCUCAGUCUAGUGGUUCUCAAGCUUUGGUGGUUGCUGGACAAUCAGGACUACAGGGGACAGUCAUAUGUUUUCAAUGUGGGGGACCUCAUUUUAAAUCCGUAUGCCCUCAGUUGGUUGGAGGAAAAUAUUGCACUCGAUGUAGGAGAAACGACCAUCUGGAGAACGAGUGCAAUAUGGGCGGACGCGCUGUUAUGAGGCCACCGAACACUGGAAGGACCCAGCAAGGGAGAGGUGGUCGAGCCCAAGCUGUUAGGCGUGUGUAUGCAAUUACGGGAGCGGAAGCAGCAAGCUCAGAGAGUGAAAUGCAGUUUGACUUGGUGGUGUCAACCCCAGAAGCUGGUGAGGUUAGGACGUCUACUAUGUGCGUUAGAUGUCCUAUUGAGAUAGAAGGGCGUAGAUAUAAGGUGAACCUCAUAUGUUUGCCUCUCAAGGAGUUAGAAGUGAUUUUGGGAAUGGAUUGGCUGACUACCAAUCACAUUCUCAUAGACUGUGGUGCUAAGGAAUUAAUUUUUCCUGAAGAAGAUGAAGAAGACUUGAGUGUGACGCUUGGUCAGUUGAAAGAAGAUAUCAUGGACGGCACUAGCUGCUUUUUGAUAAUGACGCACGAAGACAAGGAAGUUGGAGAUGUGAAUUUUGAACGAUCGUCCAACAACGAACACAGUGGAGGACGAUUGGUUGUGAGUGAGUUCCCAGAUGUUUUUUCGGAUGAAGUGCCCGGACUACCUCCCGUUCGUGAGGUUGAGUUUACCAUUGAUCUGGUGACCACUGCAGCACCCAUCUCUGUUCAACCAUACCGAAUGGCACCAGCGGAGUUGGCUGAACUUAAGAAGCAAAUUGAAGAGUUAAUGGACAAAAAGUUCAUACGACCGAGCGUAUCACCGUGGGGAGCGCCUGUUCUUUUGUUACAUGGUGCGAGCGUGUUUUCAAAGAUAGAUUUGAGAUCAGGUUACCACCAGAUUCGAGUUAAAGAAGAAGACAUUCAGAAGACGACAUUUAGAUCUCGUUACGGACACUACGAGUAUGUAGUGGUGCCGUUCGGUGUGACGAACGCCCCAGCUGUUUUCAUGGACUACAUGAACCGCAUUUUCAGGCCGUAUUUGGAUAAGUUCAUGGUGGUGUUCAUUGAUGACAUCCUUAUCUACUCCAAGAGCUGUGAAGAACAUGAAGAGCACUUGAGGCUGGUACUUGGAGUUUUGAGAAACAAAGAGUUGUACGCUAAGUUGUCCAAGUGCGAGUUUUGGAUGAAAGAAGUGCAGUUCUUGGGCCACGUGGUAUCAGCUGGAGGUAUCUCAGUUGAUCCUGCAAAAGUACGAGCGGUCUUGGAUUGGGAGAGUCCACGUUCGGUCACUGAAGUUAGGAGUUUUGUGGGACUCGCGGGCUACUACAGACGUUUCAUAGAAGGAUUUUCUAAGAUAGUAGCACCGUUAACGCAGCUGACUAGGAAAGACCACCCGUUCGCUUGGACCGAUCGGUGUGAAUCCAGCUUUCAAGAAUUAAAGCGGAAGUUGACGAGCGCUCCAGUGCUAGUUAUUCCGGACACGGCCAAACCAUUUGAAGUCUUCUGUGAUGCCUCUCACCAAGGGAAGGCGAACGUGGUAGCGGACGCUUUGAGCAGAAAAGUGGUACAUGUGUCGUCCAUGAUGGUGCGUGAACUGAGCUUGGUGGAGAGCUUUAGAGACCUAAGGUUACAGUUCAAAUUGGAACUGGACAACAUCAAAUGCUGUAACCUUAGGAUAUCCAGUAACGUAUUUGACCGGAUCAGAAUAAAACAACUGGAAGAUGAAGAAUUGUUGAAGAUCAGAAGAGCACUCGGCACAGAUCAAGCAAAAGAAUUUAACACUGGGACGGACAAUUUCUUACGCUAUAAAGGCCGGACGUGUAUUCCAAAUGAUGGAGAGCUGAAGCGGAUCAUCCUGGAAGAAGGUCACCAAAGUCGUCUUAGCAUGCAUCCAGCGAGCGAAGGCGGAGCACCAGAGGCCUGGCGGCCUACUGCAACCAUUGGAAAUUCCCGAAUGGAAGUGGGACAACAUUUCCAUGGAUUUCGUGACCCACCUACCACGCACGGUCCGAAAUCAUGA